CCCACCGUGGCAGUGAUGAGGGAGGCCGGCAGGGGAAGAGGGAACCCACGCAGACCUCCCGCGGCUACUGCAAGCCCCCCGAAGGGGCUACAGGGAGAAGUCCAUGAAGAAGAAUCUGUGUGUCAAAGAAAUUGCUGCCUCAAGAGAAAACAAGAUAUUUGGUUUUUGCUGGAGGCUGCCUUGGAGCACAGAUUGAAGAUGGGGGAGAGAGAUUCUGUUGGCUCUGAAGCAGGCAAAGCCCCUAAUGCCACCCAGGCUGAGAGCAGUGGGGGAUUCUGGGAAAGGACCACACAGAAAAUCCUGAGCGGAGGCAACCUGAACUCGGAUGUACAACGCCAGCACUUCAGGCAGUUCUGCUACCAAGAGGUUGAUGGGCCCCGAGAGGUUUGCAACCAGCUGCACAACCUCUGUCAUAAGUGGCUGAUGCCAGAAAGACACACAAAAAAUCAGAUCCUGGACCUGGUGGUCCUGGAGCAGUUCCUGACCAUCCUACCCCCUGAGAUGAAGAGCUGGGUCAGAGAAUGUGGAGCGGAGACCAGUUCGCAGGCGGUGGCUCUGGCAGAAGGUUUCCUCCUGAGCCAGGCAGAGGAGAAGAAGCAGCAGGAAGAGCAGCAGAUUCCAGGACCGUUGUUGGAAGCAGCUCCUGGUUUCUCUGAGGCAGAGAGGGCUCCAUUGGAUGCCAAGCAGAGGCCACUGUUGUUAUGCCCAACGGGGGUAUUUUGGACUCAGAAGACCUUGUUUCUUUGUACUGGAGUGACUCAGCCAAUGGAUUCUCGGCCAUCUCUUCUUGCUGAUGGAGCGGAAGAGGCUUCAGUGCAACCAGAACAAGGUGCAGUGACUUUUGAGGAGGUGGCUGUGUAUUUCACGGAGGAGGAGUGGGCUCUGCUGGAUCCAGACCAAAGAGCCCUGCACAGGGCAGUCAUGGAGGAGAACUAUGAGAAUGUGUCCUUUCUGGGUGACAAUUGGGAGACUGAGGAUGAGGGAAAAACCCAUGGAGGAUUGUUAAAAGUUGCCCCAUCUAAAAAGAGAGAAAAACAGGGAAUGAUAACUGAAGCCAGACAGAUGAGGAGAAAUGGGUCUCACACUUCUGAACAUGGUAGUUUCCAUGAAAUCAAUAUCCGAGAAAAAAUGGGGAAAGACAUGGAAAGAAAUGUGUGUCUUGUGUACAGUACAAUUUUCACUUUUGCAAUAAUCCUGCAACCUCAGUUGAACAUGCACACAGAGGAGAAAACAUAUAAAUGUAUCAAAUGUGAGAGCAGCUUCAGCAACCGUGGAAAUCUUACUAUGCAUCAAAGAAUCCACACUGGAGAGAGAGCAUAUAAAUGCUUGGAGUGUGAGGAAAACUUCACUGAGAGUCGUAGUCUUACUAAACAUCAAAGAAUCCACACUGGGGAGAAACCAUAUCAGUGCUUAGAGUGUGGGAAAAACUUCACUGAGAGUCAUAGUCUUACUAGACAUCAAAGAAUCCACACUGGGGAGAAACCAUAUCAAUGCUUAGAGUGUGGAAAGUAUUUUAGUAGGAGUGAACACCUCACAGGUCAUCAAAGGAUUCACUCGGGAGAGAAACCACAUAAAUGCUUAGAGUGUGGAAAGAAUUUCAGUCAAAAGACAAGCCUCACUUCUCAUCAAAGGAUUCACUCAGGGGAGAAACCACAUAAAUGCUUGGAGUGUGGAAAGAGUUUCAGUCACAAGGCAAGCCUCACUUCUCAUCAAAGGAUUCAUUCAGGGGAGAAACCACAUAAAUGUUUGGAGUGUGGAAAGAGUUUCAGUCAAAAGGCAAGCCUCACUUCACAUCAAAGGAUUCACACUGGAGAAAGACCAUAUAACUGCUUGGAGUGUGGAAAGAGCUUCACUAAGAGUAAACACCUGAGCAGUCAUAGAAGAAUCCACACUGGGGUGAAACCAUAUCAAUGCUUGGAGUGUGGCAAGAGUUUCGGCUGUAACAGCAGUCUCAAUUCUCAUAAAAGUAUUCAUACUGGGGUGAAACCGUAUAAAUGCUUAGAAUGUGGGAAAAGCUUCAGUUUGAGUUCACGACUCACUUCACAUCAAAAGACUCAUACAGGAGAGAAACCUUAUAAAUGCUUGGAGUGUGGAAAGAGUUAUAGCAGGAGUGAAUACCUCACUUUACAUCGAAGGAUUCAUACUGGAGAGAGACCUUAUAAAUGCUUGGAGUGUGGGAAGACUUACAUUAGAAUUGAACACCUCCGUUCACAUCAAAGAACUCACACUGGAGAAAAACCUUAUAAAUGCUUGGAGUGUGGAAAGAGCUUCAGUUAUAGUACACAUCUCACUUCACAUCAUAGGAUUCACACUGGAGAAAAGCCAUAUCAAUGCUUGGUUUGUGGAAAGAGCUUCAAUACCAAAAAGUACCUCUCUGAACAUAAUAGGAUUCACACCGGGGAGAAACCAUAUGAAUGCUUGGUUUGUGGAAAGACCUUCCGUUGGAGGAACUACCUUACUUCACACCAAAGGAUACUGUUUGAGGACACAUCUUAUAAAUGCUCUGAAUGUGGGAAGUUUUUCAAUAGGAGUAGAAACCUGACUAGACACAGAAGAAUCCAUACUGGGUUGAAACUGUAUAAAUGCUUGACAUGUGGAAAGAGUUUGAGCCGCAGCACAGACCUCAUUUCACAUCAAAGGAUUCACACAGGGGAGAAACCAUAUAUGUGCUUGGAGUGUGGAAAAACAUUCAGUGACAAGAAAAAUCUCACUUCACAUCAAAAGAUUCACACAGGGUUGAAACCAUAUCAGUGCAUGGAGUGUGGAAAGACCUUCAGUCACAAGAAGAGUCUCACUUCACAUCAGUGGAUUCACACAGGAGAGAAGCCAUAUAUAUGCUUGGAGUGUGGAAAGGGCUUCAUUCAAAGUGCAAAUCUCGCUUUGCAUCAAAGAAUCCACACGGGGGAGAAACCAUAUAAAUGCUUGGAGUGUGGAAAGGGCUUCAGUCGAGUUGACUCCCUCACUUCACAUCAAAGGAUUCACACAGGAGAGAAACCAUAUACAUGCUUAGAGUGUGGAAAGAGCUUCAGUCACAGCACAAGCCUGACUUCACAUCAAAGGAUUCACACAGGAGAGAAACCAUAUCAAUGCUUGGGUUGCGGAAAGGCCUUCAAUUACAAAAAAAGUCUCACUUCACAUCAAUGGAUUCACACUGAAGAGAAGCCAUAUACAUGCUUGACAUGUGGGAAGGGCUUCAGUCAAAGUGCAAAUCUCACUUUGCAUCAAAGAAUCCACACAGGAGAGAAACCGCAUAAAUGCUUGGAGUGUGGAAAGGGCUUCAGUCGAGUUGACUCUCUUACUUCGCAUCAAAGGAUUCACACAGGGGUGAAACCAUAUAAGUGCUUGGAGUGUGGAAAAACCUUCAGUGACAAGAAAAAUCUCACUUCACAUCAAAGGAUUCACACAGGGGAGAAACCAUAUCAGUGUUUGGGAUGUGGAAAGGCCUUCAGUCACAAGCAAGGACUCACUUCACAUCAAUGGAUUCACACAGGAGAGAAGCCAUAUACAUGCUUGGAGUGUGGAAAGAGCUUCUGUCAGAGUGCAAAUCUCACCACACAUCAAAGAAUCCACACAGGAGAGAAACCAUAUCAGUGCUUGGAGUGUGGAAAGGCCUUCAAUCACAAGAAAAGUCUCAUUUCACAUCAAUGGAUUCACACAGGGGAGAAGCCAUAUACUUGCUUGGAAUGUGGAAAGGGCUUCAGUCAAAGUGCAAAUCUCACUUUACAUCAAAGAAUCCACACAGGGGAGAAACCAUAUAAAUGCUUGGAGUGUGGAAAAGGCUUCAGUCGAGUUGACUCCCUUACUUCACAUCAAAGGAUUCACACAGGGGAGAAACCAUAUACAUGCUUGGAGUGUGGAAAGAGCUUCAGUCACAGCACAAGCCUGACUUCACAUCAAAGGAUUCACAUGGUAGAAACCAUAUAGAUGCUUGUAGUGUGGAAAGAGCUGCAGUCAGCACAAGCCUGACUUCACACAAAAGGAUUCACAUAGGAGGAAAACCAUAUAAAUGUUUGGAGUGUGCAAAGAUCUUUGGUUGGAAGGACUGCUUUAUUUCCCAUCAAAGAACCCACUCUGGUGACUCAUACUAUAAACCAGUGUUUCUCAACCACCGGUCUGUGGAGUGGUUCUGGUCCAUGAGGAGUUGAGUGCUGGUCUGUGCUGUUCCAUGAGGAAUUAAUCCCCCCACAAAACAAUGUCAAGCCAGUGGUGGACACUGCUGCUGGGAGCUCUCCAGAGCUCAUUUCUAAGCAGGCAGCCCUUGCUGCUGGGAUAACGUUCAUUUCAAGGAAGCUAAAUGAGUGUUAUCCCAGCAGCGAGGGCUGCCUGCCUAGAAAUGAUCUCUGGAGCGCUCCCAGCAGUGGUGCCCCCCCCUCUGGCUUGAAAUUGUUUUGGGGGGUGCCUGGAGGUGGGGGCGAGGGGGGUUACUCCUUUACUAACUGCUGGUCCUGGAAACUGCGCACAAAGUCUGUACCAGCCCAUGACUUCAAAAACUUUGAGAAGCACUGCUAUAAAUUAGUGCAUUCAUCUGUUUAUACACCAACAGCAAAGAGUACUUAAACCUUAAAAACCUAUAUUUUAUCUUGGCAUGAAUGUAUGGAGUGCAUUAGGGAUGUGCACGGAACUGCAGCGGGACAGUUCGAAGGCGGCGGGGGUCUCCCUUGAAGAGCAGGGGGAGGGUGAACCUACCCCUCCCGCCUCUUUCCCCCCACCGGCGUCAGGUUUUUAAAAAGCACACGCCGGCACAGGCACACACACGGUCACGCAUGUUCGCCCAUGCGCGCAGGCGGCUUUCAGUCAUAUCCAGAAGAUGAGGGCGGCAGGGAGGUACACUGCCACCCCGAUGGGCUUUUUGAAAAAACUGAUGCCGGCAGGGGGGAAAGUGGUGGGAGAGGUAAGUGCACCCUCCCCCCGCUCUUAAAGGAAGACCUCCGCCGCCUUCGAACCAGUUCCGUGCACAUCUCUAGAGUACAUUUGACCAAAACAGGGCAUUGUGUAUGAACAGUAUUGCUUCCCUGUUCAGGCCAAGCUCAGUGCCUCCUGCUCUUUUAAAGUGGCCCAGAGCACUGGCAUUAUCCAUAGACACCUUACCCACACCUUUUGUGAAACUUUAGUUUGAUUAUGUUUUUAGACCUGUUUUUCUAAUACAGCAUGUGUAUUUUUUUUCUUUUUUAAAUAAAGGAUGUGAACCCCAGA